AGCAGGCGAGGCGGCAGCCCAUUGGGAGGCUUUUCCUCUCUCCAAAGGAGGGAGGGAAAGGGAGGAAAGGAGGGGCGUGAGUUGCACAGGCUCGGUCCUUUGCUCACUCCUUUCCUGGGCGAUUCCGCGCGUGGAGGCGAGAUGGAGCCUCUCUAAGGGCGCCUCGGGAUAUUCAGCCGCGAUGGGGACAGAGCUGAACGCCUCCUCCUCCUCCUCCUCCUCCUCCUCCCCCAGGGACCAGGGCUGCCUGGGCCCCUGCCCGCCCCCCGGGGGCCUCUCCGCGCCCCUCUCCGUCUUCCUCGCCGCCCUGAUGGCGCUCCUGGUCCUGGCCACCGUCUGCGGCAACGCGCUCGUCGUGGUGGCUUUCGCCCUGGACCGAAGCCUCCGCAGCCAAGGCAACUUCUUCUUCCUCAACCUGGCCAUCGCAGACCUCCUCGUAGGUGGGUUUUGCAUCCCCCUCUACAUCCCUUACAUCCUGACGGGUGAAUGGAAGUUUGGGAAGGGCCUGUGCAAAGUCUGGUUGGUGGUCGAUUACCUGGUGUGCACGGCCUCCGUCUUCAACAUCGUCUUGAUCAGUUUUGACAGGUUCAUCUCCGUCACAAAAGCAGUGAGUUACCGAGCCCAGAAAGGCGUGACCAAGAAUGCCGUUGUGAAAAUGGUGAUGGUGUGGGUCGCCGCUUUCCUCCUGUACGGUCCAGCCAUCAUCAGCUGGGAGCACGUCACCCAGCGUAGCAUUGUUUCGGAGAAAGAGUGCCAUGCUGAGUUCUUCUACAACUGGUACUUCCUCAUGAUUGCAUCCACCAUUGAGUUCUUCACGCCCUUCAUCAGCGUGACUUACUUCAACCUGAGCAUCUAUUUCAACAUUCGGAAACGGACGCCCAUAAGGACCGAGACCCUCUCUCCCGGCGAACGGGACUGUGAGGUGUGCUCCCAUGGGAAGAAGCAGGAGCAUGCCAUUUUUUUUAUGAAAGUGAGCCGGAAAAGGAACAACGAGCAAACAGGGAGCCUCUCUCCAACCAAGUUGGCCACGUCGAAGCUUAACGGUCAUCACCAGCACAACCAGUUGGUAGAAUUCAACAUCGACCAAGAUCUUCCACCUUUACAAGUGGAUGUUCAGUCCAAAUCUCCUUGGGAUGGUUUCUACAAAGCACUUGAGGGUAUUUCCAACAACACUAAGAAGAUGGAGGUGGCCAACACCAUGGCUAGUCGGUUUAGGCUUUCCCGGGACAAAAAAGUGGCCAAGUCUUUGGCCAUCAUCGUCUGCAUCUUUGCUCUCUGUUGGGCUCCCUACACCCUCCUGAUGAUAAUCCGAGCCGCUUGCCACGGGCAAUGCAUCCACCAUGCUCUCUAUGAAGCCUCGUUCUGGCUCCUGUGGCUGAAUUCGGCCAUUAAUCCCAUUUUGUAUCCCUUGUGCCACAUGAGCUUUAGAAAAGCGUUCUUUAAACUGUUGUGUCCGGGCAAGGCUAAAAUUCACCCGAAUAUUUUUUCAUGACAUUAUGCAAAGCCGAGAACGAGGAAUUUUAAUAUUGAUGCCUUUAGCAUCUCAAAAGAACUGUGAUGCUGUAGGCUCAUCCAAGUGAACAGCUCAGUCUGCCCUGAAGUCAAAGCUAUGGAAACAUAUUUUUUUUCUGAAUCUUAUAGGCAAUGAGGACUGAACUUAUCCAUAAUUCACAAUCACAGGCUGGGACUUCAUUCUUUGGAUGUAACCAUCGAUAAAAUUCCAUUUCCAUUGCCGACAGACAGUGUGUGUGCUUGUGUUUAAGAAAUUGCUUAAAAUAAAAAAGCAAGGUUUGCUUUAAA